AUGGCUUUCGCGCGAUCUCCUCUCAAGGAGCAAAGCUUGGCAUUCAAUGACUUCGUGUCCGGGUUGGAUGCGCUAUACGCUGCACUCGAUGCGUCAGAUGCCGAGCUUUUGCCUUUCAUCAAGGCGGAGACCGAAGAUACUGACAUCGAAGCCGCACUUGAUGUUUCAAAUGCCGAGCUUAUGCCCUUCAUCAAGACAGAGACCGCAGACACUGACAUGAAAGCGACCAUCGCUCCUCAAGCCGACCAGGCUCACUAA